AUGUACUUCACCCUUCCACUCCUUUUGGCUGCUGGCAGCCUCCCCCUCAUUUCUGGGGCUCCAGUCGCAUACUCUCUCUCUCGCGCCUCCGCAGAUGUAGUUGAAGUCGAGCAAGCCACGUCCAGUCACUCCCUCAGUGGACGUAGCAGCAACCUCUACGAAGCCGUCUUCGGCGGUAACGGUGAGGUCUCCGAUGGUUGGCCCGCCGUCUCCAGCUGGAUCUCCAGCUUCGAUGACAUGUUCGAGAACAACAAGGAGAUCAUCGGAUCUUCCUGCGCCCAGUGGGGUGUCGCUGAUACCACCGAGGACGAGAUGGCCACCAUGAAGUCCGCCAUCACCAAGAUCGCCGGCGAAUCUGGUGUCGACGCCCGCUUCAUUCUGGCUAUCGUCAUGCAGGAGAGCAACGGUUGUGUCCGUGUCCACACUACCAACAACGGUGUCGUCAACCCGGGUCUCAUGCAGUCUCACAACGGCAAGGGUAGCUGCAACACUGGUAUCGACACCCCCGAGAACGUCCAGAACCCCUGCCCCGAGUCCGAGAUCGAGCAGAUGAUCCGUGACGGUACCAUGGGUACCUCCGACGGCGACGGUCUCCAGCAGCUCCUCGAGCAGAACGGCGGCACUAGCAGCGCCACUGCUUACUACAAGGCCGCUCGCUGCUACAACUCUGGCUCGAUUGCUUCCGAUGGUAACCUGGGUGCCGGUAUCGCUACUCACUGCUACGCUUCCGACAUUGCCAACCGUCUCCUCGGAUGGGCCUCCGGUACUAGCAGCUGCAACGACAACACCAUCGGUACUCUGACCAGCUCGAACUGGAGCGGUAGCUCGUCCAGCAGCUCCAGCAGCUCGACCACUACCUCCGCCAACCCUACUGGCGUGACCACCAUUCUGCCCGAGACCGCGGCACCCACCAGCACUGCUACCAGCACUACCACUUCCAGCACCUUCGUCCCUACCGUCACCCCCGUCGCCGCUGUCCAGACUCCCGUCGUUGAGGCCACCCCCGCCGCAAGCAGUACUACCACCUCGGCCCCGGCUGCUUCUUCCACUGCCUCGACUACCACUUCUACCUCGACCGCUGAGGUGUACCCCUACGCCAUCUCCCCCUGCCAGGAGUACUACACCGUCGUCGCGGGCGACUACUGCCGCAAGGUGGAGGUGCAAUUCGGUAUCACUGCCGCUCAAUUGCAAAGCUGGAACACCGGUCUGGAUGAUAGCUGCUCGAAUCUCUGGAAGGGAUACCAAUACUGUGUGAAGGCUUGA